AUGGCCGAACAACGUGAAAGAACUUUCAUUAUGGUUAAGCCUGACGGUGUCCAACGCGGUCUCGUCGGCGAAAUCAUGCAAAGGUUUGAGAAAAAAGGCUUCAAAUUAGUGGCUCUCAAGUUCGUGUGGCCAUCUGAAGAACUCCUUCAAAAACACUACAGCGAUCUCGCUUCACGCCCAUUCUUCCCUGGUCUAGUGAAAUACAUGAGCUCUGGUCCCGUCGUACCUAUGGUAUGGGAAGGUUUAAAUGUAGUGAAGACCGGCCGUCAAAUGCUUGGUGCUACCAACCCCGCUGAUUCUCUACCCGGCACCAUUCGUGGUGAUCUCUGCAUUCAAGUCGGUCGCAACAUCAUCCAUGGUUCUGACAGUGUUGAAUCUGCCAAAAAAGAAAUAGACUUAUGGUUUACCGAAAAAGAAGUUGUUGGAUGGACCCCUGCUGCUGAAAACUGGAUAUAUGAA